AUGGGCCCAACGCGCCUCGUCGUCGCCAUCGAUUUUGGAACCACAUACUCUGGAAUAGCAUACUGUUUUCCAGAGAAGCUUCCAACAGGAAAUUUGCGUGGAAUUCAAACUUGGCCUGGUAUGUUACUUGGUCCUACGCUGCAACGUGCGCUAACUGUCACAGGCUCUAUCGGGGCCGACAAGAUCCCAACAGUUGUCAAGUACGACAGUGCAAACCCCGGACACUUCGAAUGGGGAGCCCCCGUCGAGAGCUCACGCCAUAAUAUCAUCGGAAUAAAGCUGCUGUUAGAUCCAGAUCAAACGCUCCCCUGGCAUGUGCCGCAAACGGAUAUCGAGACAACAUUGAAGUUGCUGCCCCCUUCCAAGUCCCCAAAGGAUGUUGCGACGGAUUUUCUGCGCGCAAUAAAAACCUACGGUAUUUCACACAUUCAGACGCAAGUCGCAAAAACGAACCUUGACGCAUUUGACAUUGAAUAUGUCAUGUCAGUGCCUGCUGUGUGGUCUGACGCGGCCAAAAAUGCGACUUUGGAGGCUGCAGAAUUCGCCGGGAUUUCUCCAGUGACUCUAGUCAAAGAGCCUGAGGCAGCGGCUCUCUACUCACUUAGACGCCUCCAAGCAUUUGUGGAACCACACGAUGUCAUGGUGAUAUGUGAUGCUGGCGGAGGCACGGUCGAUUUGAUCUCAUACGAAAUUGAAGCGACGACGCCGAAUCUUCAACUCAAAGAAAUUGUUCCUGGCACAGGAGCCAUGGUCGGAUCUAUGGUUUUAAAUCGACGAUUUAGGGCGGCCGUGAAAGACCUCAUACCUGAUAACAAAUGGGAGAGCCUGAAACAUGGUCGGGCCGUGACCAAUGUCUGCGAAUACUUCGAAAAUCAAAUAAAAAAAGGGUUUGCUGGAGACCUGAAAAAGAGAUAUGUUCUCGACUUUUUCGGUACUGGACUCGAAGAUGACCCAGAUCAUGGCUUCAAAGAUCAGGAGUGGAGGAUUACAGGAGCCGACAUCAAAGUUAUUUUUGACCCUGUCGUUACUGACAUACUGCGUCUGAUUCGGGGGCAAGUACAGUCAGUUGAACGAAAGAGGAAAGCAGUUCGAUCCAUUAUUCUUGUCGGUGGCUUCGGAGGCAACGAAUACCUCCGAAGCGAAGUUGCAAGGGCCAACCCAGGGAUCACGGUAGUUCCGCUAGACGAUGCAUGGGCUGCCAUAGCCAAAGGCGCUGCUCUGUCAAAGAUGCCAAGCCAAGCAGUCGUCACUGGCGUUGCGGCAGUGCGGCAUUAUGGCGUACAGGCCCUCGCGGAUUUCGACAGUUCAAUUGAUCAAGGACAGCCCACGGUGUAUGAUGCUUGUACAGGGCUGUAUAAAGUGUCUCGAAUGUCAUGGUUCAUCAACAUCGGCGACAAUAUUCAAAAAGAUCGAAAGAUUCGGCUACCCUUUCUUCGAGUGCUUCCCGAAAAUUUCCAGAGUGGGCCCACCAUGUUGCAAGAAACUUUGUUUGAAUGCGACGAAGGCGUCGCGCCAGUACACCCAUCGACGAGCCAAGCAAUUAAUGCAAACUGUGUUCUUCAUUAUGAUAUUGGGAAAUUCCCAGCCACUAACUUCAAGAAAAUGUUCAAAUGGUCAGGCAAUUCGCUUCUUACGCAAGGUCUCUUCGGUUGUGCAACAGACCUGAUUCUCGGCGAGUCAUACUGGCAGGUAUCGUACGAUUUGGUCAUAUCGUUUGACUCCGCCGUCAUGACAUUUUCGCUCGAGGUGGACGGCCAGACAUUUGGGUCUGUACAGGCGGAAUUUGGGCAGCAAAUUUGGUGA